GGAGCCAGGACAAGAUCCUUUCUUUUAUACAAAGCUGAGGUGAGUGAGGAGACUACAGAGCGGCGGGGCAACUAGAGCCACAGAUUCAAAAGCAUGACUGCAGCAGACGUGAGACCUAUUCUAGGUGACCAGAACAAUAAAAAUUGGAUGGCACAGCUCCCUGAACAACUUUGGGACAUGCCUCUCUACAACCUUGCAAUUCCAGGUAGUCAUGAUACCAUGAGCUUCUGUUUGGAUAUCAACUCUCCCAUUGUUGAAUCAGUGCCUGGAAUCUUGAAGAUUGUGGACAGAAUCAUUCCCUGUGUCACCCGACCAAUGAUUUUAAAAUGGUCAAGAACACAGGAGGAUAGCAUUGUGGCACAGCUUGAAGCAGGUAUUCGAUACUUUGACCUGAGGAUUGCCCGCAAAAAAAACGAUACAUCUAACAAUCUGUACUUUGUCCAUGGCAUUUACACAAUUGUGACGGUGCAGAAGGCACUGGAAGACUUUGCUCAGUGGCUGGAAACAUACCCAAAAGAGGCAGUCAUUUUGGCAUGUAGCCAUUUUGAAGGGUUGACUGAAGAUCUUCAUAAUCAUCUCAUUUGGUCACUGAAAAUCAUUUUUGGAUCUAAGCUCUGUCCGAAUACUGAGAUAGUGACACUGAGGAACCUGUGGAAGUUGGGUUAUCAGGUCAUUGUUUCAUAUGAUGAUCCUGCUGCUGAAAAACAUCAGGAUCUGUGGUCAGGAAUCCCCUAUUGGUGGGCGAACAGAGUGGAUCCAGAGGUGCUGGUGGAGUAUUUAGAAUACAAGAAACAAGGAGGACGGCCAGGAGGAUUUUUUGUAGCUGGGCUAAACCUUACAGCAGAAACAGCAUACAUUAUUUCUCAUCUGUCAGAAUCAUUAAAGAAACUGGCGCUGCAAAGCUAUCCCUAUCUGAUGAACUGGGUACAGAAGCAGUCCCCUGGACCUAGCAAACAAUGCUUGAACAUUAUUGCGGGGGAUUUCAUAAGAUCAGAAAAUUUUGUCUCCGAGGUCAUUGCUCUUAACAAGAAGCUCCGAAGGACAAACACUGGGAUACAUUAACACCUUCUAUCUGUAACUCCAUACUUGAAGUAGCGUCAAUUAUUUUUGUAUUUAUAUUUUUUUCCCCCCGAACGCUGCUCUCACCUUUUUAAUGAUGUGAUGAUUUAUAGCCGUUGAAAUAUUAACUGGAAUUUCCAGUAUUUGACAGUUUAUUGAAUACAAAACUCAACCUUUUUGUCCUAUUCUAAACACAUUGAUUCUCAUUUUGGGCAGCAAGUCUUUGUUUGACAGACACAAGUAUUAAUAUAGAAGGUCUUGAAUGGUAGUUGCUAUCAUGUAAUUAUGAAUCAGUUUUGCUGUAUUCCAGGUAAAACAAAAUCUAAUUAAUAUAUUUAACAAAAAGAAGAAAACUACAGGACAAUGCCAAGGCCCUCAUCUUAAAAUCUUUAUAGAGAAAACUUUUACUUACAAAGUCUAUGUCAGGGGUCUCUGACCCUGGUCCAGGAGAGCUACAGGGUCUUCUGAUUUUAAUUUCAGCCGAGCACUCAGUUACUUAAUUGAACCAAUUAUUGGCUUAAUUGGUCAAGAUUAGCAGGAGUUCCAGACCUUUAGCUAUUGAUGACGUAAAGACACCUAGAAAUCCUGAAGGACUGAGGCUCUCCAGGACCAGGGUCGGAGACCACUGCUGUAGAUGCUUCAGUCAAACUAACAUAAAUUACAGAAUUAGAUUUUGUAUUAAAGUUGUAGGAUAUACCAAGUCACUGAAACUGCUGUUUCUUUAUUUUGUGAUGUAGAUUAUAUUCUCUGCACUACACUGAAGCACCUAACUGUAAAUACAGAUGGGAAGAAUGAUUUAUUUUUCAUUAAAAAAAGUUCCAAAUUCCAAAUGUGUCAUGGAAAUUACAUAACAGAAUAUUGUAGUUUGUAGUAAAAUACAACUCUAUUCCAUCUUACCCAUUAAAUAUAGUAUUUUACUUGUAAUAUAUAAAGUACAUGUACCUGUGUACGAUUCGACUAACAGCACUCUACAUUGUAUACUAAAAAGUAGAAUAAAACAAAUUAUUACUGCUGGCCUUUACUCUGGGCAAACACAAUUCAGUUUGAGUGAU